GUUCAUUGGAACACGCUCUUGGAACAGGUUCCGCAACCACGUAGCGAGCGCAUGCCCGUGGACCAAGACUGGCCCAGCGUGUGGCCCACAGCGCAGUCCUUUCGCCCUUCAGUGGUGCCACUGCCGCUGCGCCAGGGCUACCGUGAGAAGGGGGCGCCGCCGGGCAAGUAUGCCAACUUGGAGCUCAUGAAGGUGCCCAAUUUCCUUCACCUGACACCUGCUCACCUCUCCAAGCAUGCCAAGGUCCUCCGGCAAUUUUGCACCCCAUGGCCAGCUGGUCUGGAGACUGACGAAAAGUGCGAAGAGCAUUUUCCAGUGGAAGUGAUUGACAGUGACUACUGCCAUGCCAGCCCAUCAAUCAGAGACCCCAGGUCCCGGAUUGUUACGCUGAGGGUAAAACUGUCAGACUUGGAGCUUGACUACCAUGCGAGGGAUAAGCUCCUUCGGUUGGCUGGUGACCGUUAUGACCCUGCAACUGACGUCCUCACUAUUGUCACCGACAGGUGUCCGCUGAAGAAACAGAACUAUGACUACGCCCAUUACCUUCUUACUGCUGUGUACCAUGAAUCUUGGAAAACAGAGCCUUGGGAAGCAGACAAGGCCGAGUCCGACAUGGAGUGCUUCUUUUGGGAGAAGAGCCGGUCAGAAACCAAUGCAGUUGGUUUUGUCAGACGUAUGCAGCAGUCACUGGCUGGCCAGGAGGAAAUUACUCACCCCCAUGUGCAGCACCUGCCUCCAGAAUGCACAGAUGACGAUGUAAAGGGUGUCACUCAAGUGAAGGACUAUGCAGAGGCCGUGUGUGAGAUUCACAACGGAGGAGAAAGCCUGCAGUCGUGGGACAAAUACAAACGCUCAGUGUGCUCGCUGUUAGGCUUAAAGCACACCGAGCUCAGUCCACUGGCGGGAGAAGUGCACGCAUCAUGAGCUGUGUGUGUGUGGACAUUGCAAUUAAAUGUGGCUGCAAGGCUUUUGAAUGGCAUAGUAAAGGAGCUGCACUGUAAAAAAGCCAGUGCUCGGUAUCCGAGGUCAGCUCUCAAAAAUCGUAUGGACACUGCUGCUUGUCACUGUAGAAUAAUAAAAUAUCUUGAGUUGUUA